CUCCACACUACUCCACACUACUCUACACCACUUUAAACUAUUCUACUAUUCCUUGGUCCUUUUUUCUCCUUCUUUCUCUUAUUUUUUCUUCAUUCAAGACUUUAGACAGCCGACUUACCUCUUCACUCUCUAUCUCUAUCUCUUCUUAUUCUGACAUCUCAACGACAAUCUAAGCUAGCAUAAAUGCAAACAUCUACAGGCACAACCGAAACUGAGAAUAAGUGGAAAUUCUCACAGUGUUUUGGAGAUAAAGGCGACUCUGAGGAUAUUACAGAAGCUGAUAUCAUCUCUGCCGUUGAAUUUGAUCAUACUGGAGACUAUCUUGCCACAGGUGACAAAGGUGGAAGAGUAGUCUUAUUUGAACGAAACGAAAGCAAAAAGGGGUGUGAAUAUAAAUUCCACACCGAGUUCCAGUCGCAUGAACCAGAAUUUGAUUACUUGAAGAGUCUGGAAAUCGAAGAAAAGAUCAAUAAGAUCAAAUGGUGUAGACGAACCAAUGCAGCUCACUUUCUAUUGUCUACCAAUGACAAGACUAUCAAGUUAUGGAAGGUGUACGAACGUAGUCUCAAGGUAGUGCACGAGACAAACAUGGCAGUAGACAACGGUGGAUUUCAACCUUCAAGACACCUUUCGCUUCCAAAGCUGUCUCAUCAGGAUACUAUUGUGGCAGCUAUUCCCAGAAAAAUUUAUGCAAAUGCACAUGCGUAUCAUAUCAAUUCGAUGUCAGUCAACUCGGACAGUGAGACGUAUAUAUCAGCCGAUGAUUUGAGGAUUAACCUUUGGAAUAUGGAUAUUUCGGAACAAAGCUUCAAUAUUGUGGAUAUUAAGCCUGCCAACAUGGAAGAGUUGACAGAGGUUAUCACUGCUGCUGAGUUUCAUCCUCUUCACUGCAAUCUGUUGAUGUACAGUAGCAGUAAAGGAACCGUAAAAUUGGCAGACAUGAGAGAAUCUGCAUUGUGCGACCAGAAUGCCAAGGUGUUCGAGUCGUGUGAGGAUCCAAACAAUAGAUCCUUUUUUUCAGAAAUCAUUUCAUCCAUAUCUGAUGUCAAGUUCAGUCCUGAUGGUCGCUAUAUCCUUUCGCGCGACUACCUCACACUCAAACUUUGGGAUGUUAAUAUGGAAAAGAAACCUGUAAAGACCAUUAACAUUCACGACAAUCUUCGCAGCAGCCUUUGCGACUUGUACGAAAAUGACUGUAUUUUUGACAAGUUUGAGACUGUAUUCAGUGGAGACGGAAAGAGUGUCAUGACAGGAUCUUAUAGCAACAACUUCCACAUAUAUGAUCGCGACACUUUGUCUGAGACUAGCCUUCAAGCUGACAAGGGUGCGUUUAGAGCUAAGCGGCUUGGUUCGGCAAAGAACAAGAUGACUAUGGGCGGCCCACGUAACGGAGGCAUGAGAGGAAAACGAGAUGAAUCAGAUUCGAUUGAUUUCAAUAAGAAAAUCCUUCAUGCAUCGUGGCAUCCUCAAGAAAAUACUAUCGCUGUUGCAGCCACCAACAAUCUCUUUAUUUUCACUGAGUAAGAUUUCUCUACCUAUAUCUUUUUUCUUUUGGUAAGAAAGAAAGAGAAAAUUGAAUGAAAUGUAAAAAAAAAGCCAACAAAUGGACUUCCUUAAGAUGCAUUUGUCUAAAGAUCUUUAUAUGUAUAUAUGUAUAUAUGUAUAUAUGUAUAUAUGUAUGUAUGUGUUUGUGCUUUUAUGUGUGUAUCUUUUGGCUGUAUAUUAUUGUUCAUCUGUAAUGACCUUUCGUGCCUGUGUGUAUAAAAAACAAGAAAAGAGAAAAGAAAGAAUCCAAGGCAAAUAUUAUCAUUUAUCUUUUAAAUAAUAAUAAAAUUACAGACGCGCACCUAUGCGAAUGUCAAUCAUGACAUCUCC